AUGGCCCACAAGGCAGUAUUAGUCUUCGUAAUCUUUACGAUAACACGAGAAGCGUGUGCGAUUUUUUCACUGCUACGACCUGAUGGUGGUUCUCGUCGGUCUGGAAAGAAUGUUCUACGGCCAGGUAAAGUGGUUUAGCUUCUCUUCCCGUAAACAGGAACGGACCAGGAAUGGGCUUGGUCAAACAUGAACCACCACGUUCCCACAAAAAUUGAACAAGUUUUCAAUUAUCUUUUAGAAUUUGACAGCAGUACUGACCUAUUUGUAGGAAACUUUUUACCCGUCUGUCAUAAAUUUUUCUAUUAGUCUAUACGGUUAUGUAUAUGAUUUAAAUAAUAACCUAGCUUCCUACCGGCUUUUUUACCUGAAAUAAUGUAACAGUUAAAGUUGAAGGAACAAUGGCUCGAAAUGUCGUUUUAUAUAUUCCAGGCUGUUAGAAACAAGCUCGCGAGUACUGCUCACAUAGCUACAUAUAAAAUAAGUUUUAAUAUUAUUAGUUCAGCAAAAAAUCAACAUAAAGAACUAUAGUAUGCGAGAAUUUCAACUAUGUCUAUCGCCACAUUAAAUGAACAUGCAGUUUAAAAUUAGAUUCUCUAUAAAUACAGGCUCAUAUUUGGCGAUUCCUUUCACUAUAGGUACCAGGAUAAAGUGCGAAAACGAAGGAGAGGAGAUCAGUUUGCCUUUUCCAUUGCGUUUGCGGUGCACGAAAUGCACUUGCGAGGUAUGUUUCAUACUUUUAGGUUAAAAAUAGUCGUGGUACUUGAGACCAAACCCACUUACUCGAAUAACCCACUUCAAACAAAUUAUAGUAAAGUAUUUGUUGAGGAAAACACUCGAUACUUCGCGUUGACUUGUUUUAGCACUCGUGAAGUUUAGCAUGCCUGUAGGGGGUAAAUGCUUUACGCAGCGCCCGAGCGUUUAUAGGCCAAGCCAGCCAUCAAAUGUGAAUGUAUAUAUUCUAUAUAGCAAGUGAAUCGCUCGUGUUAGGGUAAACAUAUAAUUGUUAUAUCGCGUGCGGUAAUCAUCGCUUGUUUAUGUAUACAUUGCAAAUAAUUUAUGGAUUUUUAAUGUCCAAACAACUAUCUACACGAUUGAUAAUGGGUUAAUUGCUCUAUUUUACAUAAAAUGCAUACAAGAUUUUGCUAGCUCUUCAUUCUAACACUUCUAGAAGUUUCGCAUCUUUUAGCAAGGGUAAAAUUUAUACGAAUUAUAAAGAAAAUAGCAGCCAAGCUAGUUAUAUAUCUCCAAAAUAACAGUACACGCGUAUACACAUGCAUGGGCAUUGCCACCGUUGACAAACUUACCGAAAUAGGGCUUUGCUGAACAAAUAUAGGGAUUAGAAUCAGGUCAAUAUAACGCCAUAAACGGAAACCAUGGGUAAACAUACAAGCGGAAAAUUGCAUUCCAAUGUAACUUGUGUAUUUAAACAAGUUAAUAUACAACUGCGUUGAUAUGUACCUGUAAACGUUACUGGACUUCUAAGGAGAACAAUUUAGAAUUGAUUGCGCUAUCAAUAGCUGACUACCGAUACAGCGACCUUAGCUGUUCUUAAUGCUUUCCCAACACUAUCAUGUAUUUUAUUUAAGUUAAAACAUAUAGUUAGAACAUUCACCAAACCUUUAUUUUGUUAAUCUAGAGCUUGAAAUGUUCCCUGUACUAACGCACGACUGCAAAAAUAGCUAGCCUAUAUCCUACACUGUUUUAUACGCACAUAUAUCCACACGCACAUCAAUCGUAAGCAAACCCUUUCCUGUUUAACAUUUAUGGUAAAAUUCUUAGCAACUUCCGAGCGAACUCUUUAUGUGAGCUUAGAGUUGUGUCAUCCAAUUUACACCAUUAGAGUUGCAGUACUGGUGCGGCUGAUCACGUCGCGUUAGUUUUAAAGUCCAACACAUUUUAUAAGCUUAAAUGUAAACCGUCAUCGACAGGUUGUUGUCCACUUAAAGUAUUCACGAAGCCAAAACUUACGCCAAAACUAUGUAUGCGCUUUAUGAAUUAUACGAGUCAUUCAUGCAAGACAGAAAGGAAUGUAAUAUAUUAUUGUUCUAUUGACUAAUGUACAAAUUUGUACAACUAAACUAGAGACUGUUAUUUUUACAAUAUAACUUUAACAACACGCAUGAUUAUCUGAACAGGUCUUGCAAUGAGAAAUAUAUGUAUGCAAUAGCCAUUAUAAACCAUUAAUCAUUAUAUAUAUUGCCUGCGAAAACAACUGUCCGAAAUAGAGCGCUCUGCUUUUGGACAUAACUUUUAAUAUGUAUAAUAAAUAAAAGAUAUAGAUUAACAUAUACAGUAUAGCUGUUCCCUUUAUGUUCCCUCCAGAUUGGGAAGAUUCUACACAUGUUUUGAUAGUUUGAAUAUUUUUGCGCCUGUUAUGUGCGGACUUGGCUUAUAUUUCAUUAUGUCAAGUCAUCUUCUAUUCACGCCUGUUAUUUUUCAGUCUAUGCCAAGUUUAUCUUAAGAGAUCGCGUGUUUAUUUUCUGCCUGACCACUUACUAGAUAUUAUAUUUCGUGAAUAAUUGACCUUUGCCUGUUUAUACUAGAUUUCAUCAACUAGUAAUAAGACAACGUUGAGUGCGUAUUGACAAAAUCCUUAAUUUUCAUAGAACGCGCAUUAUCACAGCCCAAAUUGGAUCUAAAGUACACUAAACUAACUUUAUUUACUUUGCAAACAUUAUCUCUUCAAAAGUAUACACACAUACUAAACAUUGUACCACCAAGACUCUAACAUAAAUUUGUUUACUGCUUCAUAAGUGAAGAGCUAGGAGUGGACUUUUUUUUUAGUUUUGGCACUUAAAUCAUUGAUUUUAAUCCACUUUUGGGCAAUAACAAACACCUCGUUUUUCAUCGAACUACUCGGCUUUUCAACCCUUCCCCGCGCGUAUAUUAUGUUACCUCGUAUAGCUGCAUUAGUUUUUUGAAGGUCAAGUGAUAGAAAACGUCUAGCAUUCUUCGUGAAGAAACGAAUAAUAUUCAUUCUGGAUCGCUCUAUCUGUUGUAAACUGCAAUAUGUUCUCCGGUGUAAAACGUCCUGGGGUCGGUUAUUCAAACCUGGGUUAGCACUAACCCUCGGUUAAAAGUUAAACCUGUUGUUCUAGUUUAUAUAUUUCUGCACGUCUGUUUAUUUAAAAACUUGAGAGAGAUAAACUCCUACAGUGAUCCAUACAAACUUUCUGAAGAAAUAUUGAAAAUAUUUAUAAACAAGUUGUUAGGAAGGGCGGGGCCACAGGUUCGAUGCCUGCUAGAGAGCCUAUAUAGGCUGUACUAUAUAUAUAGUUUCAUUUUUCGCAACUGUUCUUGGUAAUAUGAUUUUUUCUGUGUUGGUGUUGUGUACUCAGGUGAAUAUGAUAUUUGUGAUGUUACUCUGAGUGUAUAUCCACACCGGGCGAGCUUGAAAAUAUGCCCGGCCACGGUGGGAAUCGAACCUACGACCUUUGGAAUACUAGCCCAAUGCUCUGCCAACUGAGCUACGCGGUCAGAACGGUUCGAGUAAGUACACAACACCAACACAGAAAAAAUCAUAUUACUAUAGAUUACAUUGGUAUCGAAGGAACUAGAUUAGCGUAACUCAGUUGGCAGAGCAUUGGGCUAGUAUUCCAAAGGUCGUAGGUUCGAUUCCCACCGUGGCUGGGCAUAUUUUUAUUGGUUAGGUCUAUUAAAUGUAUAAAAAUUCACACUCAAAAUUCCCAUCUACAAAAUCUUCUACAAAAAGUUCUAUCGUAAAUGCUCAUAAUCCUGACAUGUACUAUAUACCCCUGGGCAAACAAUACCCCCAAUACUCUAAUACCAAUUUAAGCUACUAUAUAUGUCUAGAAAGAGUAACAUUGAUACAAAAAUCAGACAAGAUAAUCGUAUUAUUGGCAGUAUUAUUCCAUUAAUAUAAUCCCUGAAGGUCAGGAUUUAGGAAAGGUAUGAGAGCGUGUAUCGUCAUUCAAGACCAGGAUUACAGCAAUUUUGCCUUGAGGGAAUUUUGCCCAUCUUCAAAACCAAAACGACCCCCAAAGGGUCGCUCUAACCACAGUUAAUAGAAGUUGAAUUUACAGUAUAAGUUUAAAGACAUGGAAUAUCUUAGCAACUGUUAUACAGACGUCAAUUGCAGAACGUAUUUCCUAUUCCAGAUACUUUUAAUAAAAUGAGUUUACGUCAGUACAAUGUGAAAUUGGGAAUGUUCCAAGAUAGAGGAUUAUAUUUAUCGAGAAGAACAAAGCGACUUUAUUUUUCCAUUGACCAUUGGCUUAGGCACCGAAAUCUAUAUUACCUGUAAUUUCCGCUAUUACAACGCAAGAGAGGUACACAUGUUUUUCCAGAUCAAUAUUUUAUAAAAUAGGUUUUUUUACUUGGAAUGUGCCAGAUUUUUUAACCGUGUCAAUAUAGCUUUGGAUUUUAAGGGGGCUUAGGGGGGGUGUGGCACAGUGGUUACUACAUUGUCUUAAUUCACCCCCCUGACUUGGCCUUAGGUUUUCCUGAGUUCCAUGAGCGUUGACGCGAUACAGGUGGAGUUACCAAUCCUGUAAACUGAGCCAAUUGUUCAGACAAGCUUGAAUUAUUGAGCUUGAAAAUUCCCGCUUAUCUUUAUGCCAGAAAACAACUCAUAUCUCAAAUUUCGUACACACAAUUUUUCCAGAACAAAGAUUUAUCGUUCAUGAAGAGACGUUGAUAAACGUUGAUAGUUAUUAUAAUAAUAAUGAGUCAUCAACUCACUGAACUCAGAUUGGCCGAAGUUUGUGUUAUCUGUCAAAAACGCUCCAAAUACUGUUAAUGAUAUUCUAUUGUUCGCGUUCUUCCAACAUGGCGGCCAUGACGUCACGUGAAACCAAUAAUACCUAAACAGUUAAGCGUUUAAAAAAUGCUGACAAACGAUUUCGGCACCGUCUAACACGUGCUGUUUGUCAGAACAUUCCACUCUGUUCACUGACGCAAAACGAAAUAUUUUUGAAGUCAUAUUUAACAGGGGAACACCCCUUUUAUCAUUCAUCUUUCAUGAAUGGUGUUUAUCGCAUGUAAUUACUGCGCGCAAUUUGAAUAUUUGGUUCAGAGGGCGUCGUGGACUCGCGGUUUUACUACCCACUGACAUAUAUGGAAAGUAUGAAAAUAUUUAAAACAUGGGGGUCACACUUUUGGUUGUAUGCUACAAUAAGCUGCCGUGGUUUGUGUUUGAACUACGGCUGAAAAGGUCACACUACCUUCUGGAGCAUCUUCAGACGAAGAGAUUUCGCUCGAAACGUCUAAUUAAAGUGUUUUAAUCUUUCCGGUGAAUCAGACACAACACACGGCAGCUUAGAGUAUGUCUUUUAGUAUUUCGCCGAAAUAUCUAAAUCUUGUGAAAAAUGUGAUGAUAAAUUAAGAGAUGAAUCGAUCGCAAAAAUUCGAUUACACACCCACGCUUGAUCAAAUGCUAGUACAGGGUGAAAAAGAAUCACGUUGCUUAAAUUGCGCAUGCAUCAGCACUUUACUUCAAGUUCUGUACAUUAUAACAUCACUCCCAAUCCCUAGCUGUCCCUGCAUGAUCUAAGCAGUCCCGCGGAUUAACAGCAACCUGCUAAUCCUUCAGGCCACCUGUGCAACACAUAGUCAUAUUACUCAUAUAGAUUAAAUUAAAUACGAGAUAACCCAUAAUCUAUUAUGUCCCGAAUAGAAUUUUUGAAUGCCAAUGACACUGCGGAUUUUUUCGAUAAAAAUUCCUUGCAACAAAGUCGGCAAGGUGUUAAUAAAACCAAUUAUUACAACACUGAGAACUAUUUUGCUUAAUCAAACCUAAUCAAUCAUAUUGAAAAUACAAAUAUUUAUUAAUAUUAUUGAUAAGAUUUCUUGUUGAUGUUAUCCGAUAUGGGCUGCCCAUAUUUCGCGAUAAUGCGCGGUUUCCUAUUUCCUCAAAUAUAUAUGUUUUAUAAAACUACCCUUCCUUCCGAAAUACACAAAUUCACAUGAUAUUUUCUAAACAGCAAACCCAUAGUUUUACUAUGUCCCAAACCACAAAUUUGGAAGUCAGCGCACAUUCGUUCAUUUUCUCACAUUGCAAUUCGUAUGGGAUUCGUCUGCGGUUUCACGCAUUCCGUGAUAAUUACGCUCUAAAUAUAGAUAAAAUUGGCUCUGAGAUCAGUAAAUCUUGUAUUAUUAGUCUUAUUAUUGUACCGCAUUUUAUAGCGUCGCUCGUUUCCAACUUAGUCAGUAAAUCACAAAGUUGACAAAUUCGUUUAUCGUAUAAAACAAUGCUAUAUCGAACAGCUUCAACUGAGGUAAUUUGUGGGCUGAAAUUCUGAGCUUUGUAACAGCUUGACGGUGUUAAAUUAAACAUUACUAAUGUCAGAAAUAUAAUUUUCCAAUUCAAAAUCAUGCAUAUUUAAAAAGGUUCCGAAUAUGGGAAAUGCCGCUUUGCUCUUGCCCAAAAUUAGCAAUUUUCUAAAACAUGCUUAGAAAUUUUAAAUUUAACUCCUGCCUGUUUUGGUUUAAACGAUACGUUUCAAGUGUCAAAUGAACAAUAGGCAUGGCACUAGACAAUCUAAAUACUAUCAGGCAUUGUACAAUUAAGUCUUUUGUCAAACCGACGCCAGUGCGCAGUUGUGAAAAAGUUUCGCAUACUGAAGCAAGCUAGAGCUAGGCUAGAGCCAUGUCUUCGAAAAGAGCGUUGUUUGUGCUCCUGAUUUUAAUUGCAUCUUUUUCUGCAAUUCAGGGUAGCGUUGUGGAAUGCAAGAGGAAGGAAUGUCCUACGAUGGAGCAUUGUACUGGAAUCGUGGUGCAAAAACCAAACACAUGUUGUCAGGAAUGCCAGGGUAUGUACGGAAAAGGGUCUUUCUUGAUAACGCUAUUCUAGUGAUAACGGUAUCUGCUGAAAAUAAACCUCGUAAUUACUUUAAUCAGCGCGCGGAAAAUUCGUAUAAUUACAUACUUAAGGGAAUGCAUCGUAAACUGAUAAGCGAAGCCGUCAAUUAACGGGAGAGCGGUUCGGUGUAUGAGGGAAGGCAUGACAUGUAAUAAACAUGGUUAGGGCUUCGAGUGCUGAGGUAACGAUGAUUUGUCGAAGGGCGCAACUACCUGAAGCAUAUUAUCGAAGUUCCUCGCUCAAAAUGUCGACGUAUUUUCGAAUAUUUUUCAAUUAUGAUUGCAUGCAUACUUGAACGGACCUCGUGAAUUAUGUUAAGCAUGGCAGCUAGGAUUCUUGGCAUGUAUUACUUAUUCCUGCUGUAAACGACAAGGCAAACACAGUAAGAACAACUUGCCUAACAGCAGUCUAAUGUAACCGAAUAAACAGCAGUUCUCGUUAUAUGAUUAUAUUAUAAAAGCAGGUUCAAAUCAGCCAUACAUGUUGGUUCCAACAUAAUCCUACAUCAGUUAUUAGAUACAAUAUCGUUGCGUUUUGAACGCCGUAUGUUUGCUAAUGUUCAAAGAUGUUGGACCAGUUUUGACCAAAAUUUUCAGUCAAAAUCCUCCAACAUUGAAUGACGCUCGAGUGGUUUGGACGAGCCUUAAAUAUAGGCAUUGCAUGCAGGAAAUGUUGAAUUACAAUAUACACAAACAAUAUACAAAUAUUGCCCACAAUGUGGUGCUAAAACGGCAACAUUUCUAUAACGCAGAAGCGAUAAUCCGUUAAGACGAUAGUAUAGGAAAAGGAUUAAAUAUUCUUAUACAAACAGAGCCGUCUGUGCGAUGGGGUGACCCAAUACAACGCGAAUUCCUUAAAUGCAAGCGUAUCUUUCUGAACCGAAAAAGGCAAAAUUAGCAUUGAAUUUUACAGCACAAUGCGCGGUUGAUAGACUAGAUAUUGAAUAACGUUCGUGUCCUUAUAUGUACUGUUUUUUGUCCUUUACAGAAGGCGGCCAUUGCCUAUAUCAGGACAUUGAAUAUAAGGUGAGUCCUAUGGACUUAUUAGGCGCCGCUCGCAAGAGACCAGGACGAAAUCAGUGUUGGAAAAUUUCGCUUCAGUCGCCAUUGUGUUAUCUAAACGAAAGCCAGAGUGCGCUGAUUUCGUUUGGUGAUACUGUUGUACUGUAUCUAGUUGCUGUUUGCAAUAGCACGCAGUGUAAUGUGUUGGGUUUUUCUCAUGAAUAGAGACAACACUAUGGGUCUUAAAUUCUAUGAUUGAAAUGAAAAUCCCAUGUCCAAAAAUCAUGCCCAGCUAUAAAUCAUGUAAACAUGCAGUGACUAUACUGGUCUCGUACAAAAUUUAAUUACAUAUAUAUAUCUUGUUAUUUUAAUCUAUCGAUAUAUCAAAGUCAGUUUAUAUAUACAAAAUUUUAAUACUGCAUGCUUUAUCAUUUGCCGCGUUUAUUCAGCAUUGUGCGAGAUAAGACAGCCUGACUAUCUGAUAAUUGUUUGCAAUGCACCCAGCGGAGAUAGUAUGUUGUAUCUGAAUGUUUAGAAAAGACGGAACGGCAGGAGGCCAGGGACUCACAUCAUUACUUUGUUACGCUGAUUAUAAAAUGUUGCAAUCUUUGUAACAUUUUGAGAGUAGCAACGUUACAGAUCUGUUCCCUGUUUUCCUCUGAUUCGAGUGUGAAUUUUAUAAAUUUAUAAGACCUAUAACCAGGCAAGAAUCGAAUCUGCGAAUCAAAAACUUUGUUCUUCUGAGAUGCCCGGUGAUUAGAACUGUAAGCAUGUGCAGUUGUAAGGAGAACCGAGAUUCGAGAACAGUUUCAGAAUACAGAGCCGAGCUAUAUUCCGGCAAGUUUAUUAGUCGCAAGCCAUAAUAGUUCGUUCAAGUUGAAUCUUAUGUAUAAGCUUUGGAAUUCUAUCCCAUUGGCACGCCGUCAUCAAGUUUACUUGAACAGUAUGUGUGUUUUAUUUAUUUAUCAAGUAAACAACUUGUGUUUACAAGCUUGACAAGGUGUUGUUAAAUUGCUAACAAUUUAAGCGCCGCGUCGUCUGGGUCUAGGUUAUGUUUUCGAUUGCCGCUGUUUUCAAUUUUUUGGCGCUCGAGAUCGGAACAACAUAUAGAUCGGGCGAAAGACUGGAGUGAACUCUAGAGGAACAUUAUGAGAACGUUGACUGACUCUUCUCACAAAAGUAACGCAGCGAGAAUGGAAGCUGGGAUCUCCGAGCCCGAGGUGAAAGGCGGCUUGCUCUGCCGACUGCGUCAGGGAAACCCCAAACAUAACACUAAGCGUAAUAACACUAAACAGAUGUCUAAAUAAGUGUAUUUAUUUCUAGGAUGGAGACACGUGGCUUGGUCACAAUUGUAUGAAAUGCUCGUGCAAUAAAGGCGUAAAGAGAUGCGAACGUCAAGUCUGUGAAAAGCAUCUCCAAUGUCCACAGGUAAACAAACGACUCAUCCAAGGACAUUCGAUUUAAGUUGAUCUAGAAACUUUACAAGUUUUCGGUAUGUGUCUUCGUUUUCACAUAGUCCAGUUUCUUGGAACUGAAUCUAUGACGUCAUAUGCAGGGUAAAAAUGUCGAAAUUCUGAAAACUCCUGACUCAACGAAAUCCGAACUUUCUUUUAAUAGGGAAUGAAGAGAGGUUUGAAGCCCGGGGCUUGUUGUGAAACUUGUGUCGAAGGUAUGUCCUUAAUGUAUUGUAGGCAUGUAGCGCUUGAAUAUGUUCCAACAAUUAACGUCAGGAAUAUUUCAAAACACUAACCUGUAAGCAAGUACUUCACACAGGAAUGAUUUAAAUUAACCAUUGGAAAUAUGACUAGCAUCUGUACUUCGGUCUAGAAAAGAAAGAAGAAAUUAAAAGAUGUUGAAAUCAAUAAAAUAUGGGGGGGGGGGAGAUUGGGUUGCCAACGCACAGUAUGACCAUAGUUUAACCUCUUUGCUUAUAAUUUCAUGCAAUAUAAUACCAAUGCUGUCGUGGUUAAAAAAAUUAAUGUUGCAUCUUUGCCACACAGUUCAGCUAUCAUUCAAAUCCUUUCAGACUCUAUUGGAGGAUUGGUCCUACCCCCCCACACACACACACCCUCUACCGCCCUUGUGUCCGACACUACAAUCGAGGGUAACAUCAAGGAAAUAUUUCUCACUUUCUCCAAGCAUCAUUCAUAUUCUGUUAUCAUUUUUACAGAAACGGGGAUGUGGGGGGAGUCCCCCUCCCCGCCCCCAGUUUCCAACAUUGCAAUUGAGGGUAACAUCAAGGAAAUAUUUCUCACUUUCUCCAAGCAUCAUCCAUAUUCUGUUAUCAUUUUUACAGAAACGGGGAUAUGGGGGGCGUCCCCCCCUCCCCGCCCCUAAUUUCCGACACUGUAAUUGAGGAUAACAUCAAGGAAAUAUCUUUCUCAACCUGUCCACACAACAUUCAUAAUGUUUUAUCAUUUUUGCAGAAACGGGAAUGUGUACAUCAUUUGGUGACCCACACUACCAAACGUUCGACAACCGCAUGUACAACUUUCAAGGCAAAUGCAAAUACAUCUUCGCCAAGGAUUGCGCAACCAAUAACUUCACGAUACAAGUUCGCAACGAGGGACGGCACUCGCGUACGUUUUCCUGGACAAAAUCAGUAUUUCUUCACUACAACGGCAUCGAGGUGGCCCUGCUCCAGAAUUUACGAGUCAAAGUAAACGGGGCAUUGGUUAGUCUGCCUUAUUACAAGCAGUCCGACUUGUACAUUGCCGAGAAUGGGUAUCUGACGACCGUUACCACAGGAAUUGGCGUGCAAGUUAUUUGGGAUGGUGACAGUUACACCGAAGUUCAUGUUCCGAAACGAUACCAGAAUAAGACAUGCGGGUUUUGUGGCAAUUUUAAUGGUGAUCCUGAUGAUGAUUUUAAAACACCAGAUGGAGAGGUAAUUAUAAUAAUAAUAAUGACUAUAGAGUACUCGGAGACUGUACCCUUAUCCCUACGAGAAUUUGUCCCACGGUAAAUUACCCUGGAAUAAUUAUCUCAUUUAGUUAGAGACAAAUAUUUCGAGAAAUCAGGCUGUACAGUUUAUUUUUGGUAUCGUGGUCACACAUACCGCUUUUCGGUAUAUAUGAAGACGCUCAUACACUCAUUUAAAUAUUUAGAGAAUUAAGGCUGUAUAGUUCUAUUUUUGGUACUGUAUUUAUAUUUAAAUAAACGUUCGUAUAUAUUCACAAUUGAGGGAUUUCCGGGAAGAGGAGGUAUGUGUUCUCUCACUUCUCUAUAAGCCCAAGGAGCAGUACAGUUCUCGUAACUAUAUUAUACUAAAACCUACCACCUUCCUUUAAUAUUACCCCACCACUCUCCCGCCCAAUUAAAAUUUAACUGAUUUUCUUAAAUUGUCAUAAACAAACUAUAUGCAACGUUCUUCAUCAGGUAAAAGUUAGCACGAGAGAGUUUGCAGUAAGUUGGCAAGUAAGGAACAACCGAAUGUCCGCUUGUGAUGCACAAGAGAUGGCCAGGGUCGAACAGUACCCACCUCUUUGCAGAGGAGAGAAACUCAUGCAUGCAAGGAAAAAGUGUUCUGUGUUGAAAAACUCCAAGUUCGCAAAAUGUCAUGACGUGGUGGACCCCAGACCGAAUUUCCAAUCGUGUGUCAAUGAUAUGUGUCACUGCAUACGAUCACAAGUACGCACAUGCCUGUGUCAGAGUCUCACGGCUUAUGCCAGAAAGUGUAAGCAGCAAGGAUUAACAGUGGAAUGGAGGUCAACAACUAUUUGUGGUAAGGACAACAUCCUAUAUCACUGGAAAAAUUUUUGAAAAUCCAUACAAGGCCAUAGAAUGGAAAUACUUUAUUGGAAAUAGAAUGAAUUUUGAUUAUCCAUAAUAAUUGUAAAAAAAAGGUCGUCAAGUCUAGAUCAACACUGGAUUAGGGUUAGAUUAAGAUUAGAUUAGGGUUAGGAUCAGGAUUAGAGUUUCCCCUAUAGAUAGAUGAUUAUCAUCUAUUUGUCUACUUGUGCACAUUUGACAAUUGAUUGAUCUAUUUAUCCCGGAGACUGUGUUGGGAUAUACUAUAGAUUUAGUGGUGCAAUUGCAAAUUUCAUAGUAUGGAUUUCACAUUUUCUCCCCAAUGUAUAGUGUAGACCAACUAUCUCUUUCAAAGUCAAUGCUUGUCGUGCGCUCUACAGAAUAUUAGUUUACUUUAUCCAGUUUUUCACUCAUUGGCCAGCGGAUUUCCCAACAGGCCAAUUGAUAGGGGAUCCGAGGUACCUACGAUUUAACGUCCUUAUCCGAGAAGACGCGAAAGUCUAUAACCAUUUACUGGUGUCAAUGUACAGGGUGUAUCAAAAUCAACGCAAUUCAUCUUUUGUGCUUAAUAACGUUCGAAAUACUAUUUCUAGUUAAACGCUUUUAGGCUUACUUCAAAGCCUGUUCUUUUCUCUUUCAAACAAACUAUUAUCCUUGUCUCCAACGCUAGUAAUAAUUGCACAGGAAAAGAUUUAGUAAAACCUAUCACGUUUAGUUGCUGUUUAAUUAUGCAAGUUUACUAUGUUAUUGUUUAGUCGGUUUAAAUGUUAGAAUUUUCUUCUUUAAACUUUAAUGUUGUCGUCACUACAUCUGGAAAACCACGUAAGAACAAAUUAAAAGUAUUUUAAAAGAGACCAGGUUGUUUGAAAAUCCUAAACGAAUGCUAAAAAUCGUCAAAACAUUCUUGUGUCUGAGCCAGAGUGUCAUCGAAUUGCGAUGUAAUGUAAACAGAAAUUAUAGCAAGUUGAUGUCAGUCAGCUUAGAUGGUCCGAGCCAAAAUUAUAUCGCAUUUGAAGUUUAAAACUGAGUUAAAAAUAGUGGAAGAAAAGCCGUAAUUAUACUUAUUGUUACAAUCCAUUUAAUAAAAUGCAUCGAUGUUCGAAAUCAUAGCACAAUUACAAUUCGUUCCAUGUGUAUAUCAGGGCGUAUUUGGCUCAUUUUCGUUCUUGUAUACAAUAUUUCAUACAAAUUCAUGAGUUCUUUUUCGUUCUUUCAACAAAACAAGCUUUUGUAAUAUUUAGACAUUUUUUUAUUUAGACGUUUGAUCGAUGUAACACCCUUGGAAUAUGCCAGGUAUGACAUUCCUUCAGGAAUAUAUUGGACGAUCUGCAGGAUGGUGUUAUUGAUUAUAUCAGGAAAAUGGUUAACGAAGGGAAAGAAAUAAGAUGGACAUUUGAUAACUUCGACUUCAGAAUCUUAACCAACAUCAUCAGUGGUUAUAAGAAUUUGGACAUGCACUGGAUAUGUCAAUACAUCACGUUCGACCGAGUACCUUCUUCCCACUUGGAUGACUCCAAACCAUUGGUUGAAGAUAUAUCCAAAUUUGAGAACAAGGAGUAUUUUUGUCUAAAAGAAAAUGCAGAAUAUGCGAUACGAGAAUAUAGUGCUGAUUAGCCGGAUUCUGGUUGACUUUUUUCCUUGUUUGAAAGUUCUAAAAAAGGUUGUUCCUUUACAUAUCGAACAUGCAUUCUCUAAGGAAAUGGCCUAAAAAUCCGAAGUCAUCAACAUGCUAGUGCUUCCAUUCAACAAAAAUAAAAGUCAGACAAAUGCAAGUACAUGGAGUAUGUCACUGACUUUUUGUACGAUGUCUAUCGGGAUACAAAUGAUGAUGACAUAACAGAGCCAGAUGAUCCUGAUGAGACGCCAUUGUCAGCCGAGACCGCAGUUAAAAAGUCUGAGGUGUUACAAAGCGCAAGGGUUCCACUGGCUGGAGAUCUUCUUGGUAGAGAGAGAUCGACAGGUGCUAAGAAGACCAGGGCAGGGUGUGAUUAUUCAAGUGAUAGGUUUGAACACAGUUUUUCUUAAGCGUAAGUAUAUCAUUUGGUCAAAGCAAGAUAAGUUGAGUUAAUAUGUGAGCAAAUAGGGUUGAUAACUUAUUUUUGGUCUAAUAUUUAUUGAAGCCUCAUUUGAAGUACUUACGUUAUAUUUUAUAACACUUAUAUAAAAUGCCGACAAAGUGCUACCUACUUGCCGCCACCGAACAGUUUUCUCGGUUAACUAAAAACUGUACAUCUGAAAAUAUGUUGCUAUUGUUUUAUCUUUGUCACAAAUUGUUUGCAAAUUGUAAAAUCCUACGUUUUUAAUUGUGUUUUUAGCUGUUGUGUAUAAUAAAUAUGUUGUUAUACAUAUAUUAUUUACUUUAUACACUAAUUGUUUUUAUAAUUUUAUUCCUUUACAGACGUCAUGGAAACUUUUGUAUACAACAAAAAGCGCAAGAGAUGUUGGCACCAUUUUCACCAGAAGUUGGGAAAAAAGAACGUCUACAAUGAUGCGAAAAAGAAUUUCAAGGCGUCUGCCGAGUUGUUGCAAGAAGUGACAAAGGCAUAUGUCUGCGAAGCAUUCAUGGAGUAGGCCGGUUUGGAUGACAUGGAUGGAAAGCCAUCAACCAUCACGAUUCCUCAUGCUAAUACCACCAAAGCGACAAAAAACAUUUCAUGGAAUCUGCCAUUGGAAACUUUGUGGAUGAAUUCAUUCUCCCAGAUCUGGAUGCAGAGAAAGCUAUGAAGUUGCAAAGGGAAAGUCUAUGUGGAAAAACUGAAACAGGUGAGAUGCUGCAAGUUUUUUUUACAGUAUAUACUCAUCCAAUUUUGGGACGAGCAGUUGCCCGGCCCCUACACAGUUUAUUAUUGAACACUAUACCUACCCUGAACCAUAACGUUUGAGGUCUUAUAAUAAUUGUAUGUUUCUCUUACCAUUAUUAUAGAUCAACAGUCUAGAACAACUAAUGUAGAAAGCACUGGUUCAACAAAUCAGAAGGGCACUGUCAUUCAUGUUGAUCCAAAGAAUGCUUAUAAACAAGGUAAACGAUUGUACAUGAUAAGUUGGGUAUAUCCAUACAUGAUGGAACAACCUGAAGGUGUAAAAAAAGAACGUUUCGAGCAAAGUUAGCAUAGCAUGACCCGCCAUGACAUCUGGAUAAAAGGCCUGCACUUGAAACAUCCAAGUUCUUUUUUAUAUUUUUCAGGUGGUUGCAUCAUAUACAGUACACAACUUUGCAGCAUGUAUUAUUUGCAACCUACACUGGCACCCUAUAAUAUUAAAGAUUUCAAUUAUUUGACAAAACGAUUAUAGAUUGCCCUUAUUACGUUUUAUAGUGGUAUCACUGAUAAAAAUAGCGGCCUGGAAUGAAAAUAUUGAAUGUUUUCGCGAAUAUUUUGCUGUUGGCUAUCGCGCGCCUGACCCUAGCUUUUUUUAAAAGUUCUUGCACGGGUCAGGACAAAAAAUAAGCCAUUUUGCAUGAAUAUGAGUGAUACCACUAUAACCACAAUGCAAAGAAGCGCUACGAAAACAUAAUAAGGAUAAUUAAGUUAUAAUAGAUUGUGUAUAUUAAAUUCACUCUAGACAGGAGCCAAAGAAUCAAAUGAGUCAAACAUUAACAAGGAUAUAAAUUAGCUCUCUUGUUGGUCAUAUGAGUUAUUUUUAUCAUAUUAUUAAAAUUUAGACGAAACAGUGGUUUUGCUGGGGAGCAAUGUAAAGGAUCUUGUGAGCAUUGGCCAAGCACGAACGUCUACAAACAGAGAUAAAGCAACAAUUAAUGACAGCACGGAAUGUUGCAAAAUUAAAAUCACUGCUAUUGUCAAUGCAAAUUACAGAGGAACUUAG